AUGUCAGACCCUAUUACACUUAUCUGUGAUAACCGAUUUCACCGGCGCAUCACCCUCGACACUCCUAAUGGCCCGCUAUCCGUCUCGUUCGCCGAUAUAGGCUGUCCAACCGGUCCCGCGCUACUGUAUCUGCCAGGCAUGUUCGCCUCGCGCUAUCUUGGAGUGCCCAUGCACGUCAUGGCAGAGCGGGCUGGCGUUCGCAUGAUUGUCGUUGAUCGCCCGGGGAUGGGCGGCUCAACAGAUGUGCCACUUGCACGGCGUUUUGAUGUCUGGGUUGACUUGGUCCCGCGGUUGUUGGCGCACCUUGAGAUUCAGCGCGUCAGUUUGGCCUCGCAUAGUGCGGGUACAAUGUACCUGUUCAAUACAUGGUUGAAGUGUCGGGAUUUUGUGAAUCCGGUUAUUUUCUUGUUAGCCCCCUGGGUUGAUCUUGUCCAUUCGCGCGUUACUUCACUACAGAUUGCCAAGUAUCUACCUAAUAAAGCAUUCGAUUACUGGCAUCUUAUUCCGCGCUUCUUCGUCAAGCAGGCCAGUCCCGUGCUGGCUUCCAGCGGUGCUGUGAUGCGCCGAAUGUCCAUGUCAUCAGGAAUAGGAACUAGCCGGGCGGAGGAAGAUCACACAUUCCUAGACGAGAACUUCAGGCGCAUUGAGCGGGAUUAUGGCGUUCCAAAGAAAGAAUCAGAAGAGCUGUCCCGCUUGGCUGUCCAGUUUAUGUUCACGGAAAGUACAGUUGGUGCGAACAGCGAGGCGCUGCAGUGUCUUCGGAAGGGCGACGGAGGUGAAUGGGGCAUUUGCGGAGAUUAUGUUAUCUGUAGAGAUACUCUUGCAGCACUGGAGCGGCAGAGGGACGAUAAUGAUAGAGCCACCGUCAGGACGUACUUUUCUGAGACGGAUGCGCUGGUAGGCGGCCGAGGGCAGAAGUAUUUUCAAGAGUGUUGGGCACCGGGUGUUGAAGGCAUUGACUUUGAGUGUAAAGUAAUUAAAGGGACCGAUCAUGACACAGUGGCGCAGUCGGUGGGAGUCUGGGAGGAGAUAUUCUCUAUGGUACAUUGA